AUGACUGAACAAUUUGCUUUUACUUGGCCAAUGCAUCAACUUGAUGCACAGGACCGUUACGUUUUUCUUUCUGACGCACAUAUUUACAUAACUGGUGAAUUCGAUAAUUGGACAAAAUCUAUCUUAUUGAAACCAAAUUACAAAGAACAAAGAUAUGAGACUCUUUUACCCAUCCAGAAUUUUAAUGAUCAAGGAAAAUUCAUUUUCAAAUUUUAUUUUGAAGAUACUGAUACUUGGAAAUGUAAUCCCUUGUAUCCUAUCGAUACUGAUAAAAAUGGGAAUCAAAAUAACUAUAUAACUGGCUUCCAUCUAAUUAAACAAGCAGAAGAACUGGAGUUGGUUAAAAGAGAAAAACAUCAAUAUUCAGAAUGCGAAGCAAUUAACGAAGAGAUUGUUAACGAACUAGAAGUUGAGUCAUCCCCAUUAAAUAAUGAAACAAACCAAGCAUCAGUUGACGGAAAUGGAAGAGAAAAGGACAUAGAUAAACAGGAUAAUAGUGCCAAACAACUUGCAGGAGUUACAUUAUUCCCAACAGAGAAUAAAACGCUGGAAACAGCGAUUGUUGAAAAUAGAGAGCCGAUUCCUGUUCUAGUUCACAGUAUUGACACAGGGAAUGAGGUCGUUGCUAACGAACCAAUUGAAGCAUUUAUAUUUAAAGGUGAUGGCAAUAAUGAUAAUAAUAGCACAGAAGAAAAAGAAAAAGGUAAUUAUAGUAGCAUAGAAGAAAAACAAGUUGGUAAUAUUAUUGAUAAUGAGCAUAAGGGAGAGCAGGUGGUUCCUGGAGAUGUUAUUACAAAUUCAAAAGAUUUAAACGAUAUUGAUGAUAUUCCAACUGAAAAUAGAAGAAAAUUUAAAAUUAAAAGAAAAAUAAAGAAAAAUAAAAGAACUGGCGAACGAAUAAUUGUAGCACAAGAAAUUUUCGAAUUGGAUCAGGAUGAUAACAUCAUUGCUACUUAUAAAUCUAUGGAAGAAGUAAGAAAUGGCCCUGUCUCUAAUGAAUUAGAAGAACCAAAGGAAAGAUUAUAUGAAAUUGAAAAUGUUAAUGAUGCAGAUACGAUAGGUCGUUCAUUUAGUAUUGUAGCGCCUAACAAUGGUGAUUCAAAAGAAGAUAUAGCAGAAAAUAUCACAGAAAAUAAAGGAGUACAAGAAGAACCCUUACUUUUCAAAGAUGAAGAAAGACAAAAAGAAAUGGAAUUAGGUGGUUCCAGUAUAAAGGAAGAGGUACCAGAGAAAAAAGAAGAGAUUCUUGUAGUGUUAAAAGACGGACACACCGAUAACACAGAAGAGAAUAUGGUAGAAAACAAUAAUAAAAUUACUGAGAAAUCCGGAUUAAAUGAGGAGAGCGUGAAUGAUAGAUAUGAUGGUGUUAGUAACACUAGUGUUUUAGAUAAAUCAGUUCUCAAAGAGGAAUUUAUGCAAAAUCCUAAAAGGGAAUCACAAGAAGUUAAUUCUACCUCUGGUAGGAAUAAUUACACAAAUCAGGGAACGGGCUUAUUAGAAGGGUCUUACAUGAUAGAAAAUAAGGAGAAUGAUAAAGAUGCCAAAGAAGUUAAUAAUAAAGAAAUACUUUUAAAACAAGCAGGAGAUGAGAUUAAAGAGAAUGUUGAGUCAUCAUCUAAGAAAAAUUUGUCUACUCAUAAAACAGUGUCUAUUGGUAUAUCAUCAGAACCAACAGUAAAUGCUCCAGAUAAACCUAAAAAGUCUGGUAUAUUGAGAAAAUUGAAAAAAAAGUUUUUUUAA